ACCACGUGCCCACCAAUGAGAGUGCUGUUCGUCACAAUGAGGUUUCUGAUCUCACUGUGUGUGUCUCUACUGCUGCUGAUUAAUGGUGAAAUAACCAUUGGACAAACAACAGAACCUACAACUUCCAUCUUUGAUCCAUGCUUUGAUUAUAAAACUCUUGAUGAAUCCUGGAGAGACAUACGGCAAAGCCAAUCCUCUGGAUAUGAUGACACCCUUGUUGAAUGGAGUGGCUGGUAUCGGCUGUAUUUGAAUGGAGAAAGUGCCCAGAUGUCUGAGUGGUGUAUGAGUUAUAUGGGAUGUGGUGGUCAAACUGGACUGUAUCUCAACGGUUCUCAUCCAACAAUUGAGGAUGGAGAGGUGACCCGAGAAGUCGUGGGAAUGUAUUCAUGGUGGUGGGGGAGGUAUUCUGUUGAGUGCGGCAGCUACAGAUCCACGUCCAUCCAAGUCAAAGCCUGUCCAGGAGAUUAUUAUGUCUAUGAAUUUGUCAAACCCAUCAUAUCAGCCCCCCAGCCUAUGUACUGUGCAGCUGCUUUCCAAAGCAUCAACAGUGAUCCCUGCUACAACUAUGAGUCUCUGGAUCGUCCCUGGAGAGCCAACAAUGAAAGUGGAAAUAACAUUUGUGAUGAAUCUUUCUCCUGGAAUGGCUGGUACCGGCUUUUCUACUACGGAAUGGACAUCCGGAUGUCAGAGACCUGUGUUAGUUCAUUCACCUGUAACACAUACAUCAAUCUGUGGCUCACUGAUCCUCACCCUCAGAUAGAGGAUGGAGUGGUGAUCAGGGAGGUCUGUGGUAGUUAUCAUUUGGGAGACUGCUGUGAAUACAACUCAAACCCCAUCAGAGUGAAAGCUUGUCCUGGCAAUUACUAUGUCUAUGAACUAGUGAGUCCACCAUUUGGAUGUGUUGGAUACUGUACAGAUGUCAGCACCAUUUCACAGGCAGUUUUCACUCUGAGUCCAGAUAUAAUCACUGGAUCCAGCAUCACCUUGAAUUAUGAUCCGUGCAAUAACUAUAAUGAACUUGACAACUACUGGAGAGGCAUAAUCAUUUACUGGUAUACAAAUGGAUAUGUAAAUAAGCACGAUGACACUCUUGUAGAAUGGGAUGGCUGGUAUCGACUCUUCAUGAAUGGAUCAAAUGCUCAGAUGCCUGAAUGGUGUGUGUCUUACAUGUCAUGUGGAGGUUUUAGUGCUCUGUGGCUUGGUGACUCUCAUCCUCAGCUAGAAGAUGGAGUUGUUACUCGUGAAAUUUACGGCUCCCAUAAUGAUCAGUGCAGUCACUACAGAUCCGAUCCAAUCCAAGUCAAAGCUUGUCCUGGAAAUUAUUAUGUCUACAAGUUUACCAGGCCAACUCUUUCAAUCCCAGCUCCUGUAUAUUGUGCAGUACCUGUCUCCACCCCGAGUGUCAACCCCUGCUACAACUAUACCAGUCUGGAUGAGCCUUGGAGAGCCACUGACCAUUAUAACUUGGGCAUGUGUGAUUCUAAUGUGGAGUGGAAUGGCUGGUACAGGCUGUUCUACAAUGGUCAAAAUGCUCAGAUGCCAGAAUCAUGUGUUAAUCAGUACAUGUGUGGCACUAGUGACCCACUGUGGCUCAACGGAUCUCACCCACAGCUGGAAGAUGGAGUGGUCACCCGUCAGGUCUGUCUCUCCUCAUGGAAUGGCUGCUGUACUUACGCUUCCCACCCUAUAAGAAUCAAAGCCUGUCCAGGAAAUUACCAUGUUUAUGAGUUUGUCAAGCCAAUAUUUUGCGGAGCUUACUGUGUAGAAUCCACAAACCAGUCCAUCCCAUCAGCAUCUACAACAACAGAGACAAUCCCAUCCAUAGAAUCCAUUACUCCACCAGUCAUAACCACUGAUACCAUAACAGCUCCCCCUGUUGACCCCUGCUACAACUACUAUGUCCUGGAUGAUCCAUGGAGAGCCACCAACAAUCAACAUUCCUCUGAAAAAAUGUGUGACACUGGGGUCAGCUGGAACGGCUGGUAUCGUCUCUUCAUUCAGGGUCAGAGCGUUCAGAUGCCAGACACAUGUGUUGAUCAGCAUAGUUGUGGCACUGAUGCUCCACUGUGGCUGAACGGAGGACAUCCAACAGUCGAGGAUGGAGUGGUCACUCGAGAUGUCUGCGGUCACUGGAGCAAUAACUGCUGCUAUUUCCAAUCCAAUCCCAUUAAAGUCAAAGCCUGUCCAGGAAAUUAUUAUGUCUAUGAGUUUGUACGCCCAAAUGGCUGCUAUUAUGCAUACUGUGCAGAUGUGAGAGAUCCUUGUUCUGAGCUCAGGUGCUCUGAGGAUGAAAGAUGUGGGAUGAAAAAUGGUGUUUAUGGCUGUUUAUGUAAAAAGGACAAUCACAGACCACAACCACAUUCUGACUCUUUUGAAACCUGUGAAAGCAGCUCUGGCUCCAUGUCUGUGUCUCGCUGUCAGCUCUUUGAGGCUGGUUUUCCAGCUGAUGUCUUACACCUCAAUGAUCCCAGCUGCAAAGGAACGGUCCGGAAUGGCAGAGUGGAAUUCCAUUUUGAUAAUGAUGAACACAUCUGUGGUACAAAUCUUGUGGCUAACGGCACCCACUUCAUAUAUGAUAACUUUAUUCUGGGGACACCGAGGUCAGAGAAAAUCCUGAAGCUUUCUUUCAGCUGUGUUUAUCCUCAACCACAAACACUUUCCAUGAAUAUGGAACUCAAUCCACUGGAGAGCAUUGUGCACAAGACUCUUCCCGCUGGUGAAGGCAGAUAUCGUGUCCGGAUGAUUCCAUAUCAGGAUGAUGAGUUUACCCGGCCCUUCACUGGUGCAGUGGAUGCAGAGCUCGACCAGGAGAUGCAUGUGGAAGUUCGUGUUGAGGGGGUCGACAGCCGCCAGUUUGCCCUGGUGAUGGACACGUGUUGGGCUACACCUGUGAAUGAUCCUGAUUACAGCCUCCGCUGGGAUCUCAUCGUUUCAGAGUGUCCCAAUCCAAAUGCCAACACACUGAAGCUGCUGCAGAACGGCGUCUCGACAUCCAGCCGUUUCUCUUUUGGGAUGUAUAUCUACACUGCAAAAUCCACUAAGCUUUACCUGCACUGUGCUGUUCACCUUUGCCUUCUGUCAAGCAAUCGCUGCUCAAUGGACUGUGACUCUGGACACCAGCGGAGAGAGCGCAGGUCUCUGGACUUCCAUGACAGUGCUUCCAUAUCCAUGGGUCCUCUGAUGUUGUCUGAAGGGAACACAGAUAAGUGGGUCCCAGACCAAGUGAAGGUAUCUGAGGCUUCUUGUCUGUGUGGUUCUCUGAUGGUGUUUCUUGUUCCUCUGAUGAGUGUCCCGACCCUCUUUUAGUUGGUUUCCACAGACAAUGUGUAACAUUUUAUUUACAUGCAUAUUAUCUAAUGGCAUUUUAAUCAAUGUGGCACUGAUGCCACUGUGGUUUUUGAUUUCGAAAUGUUUCCUUAUUUAAUGAAGCCUUUGUCAAUUUACCUAAAAACAACAAAAUAAAAUUAUUAUUUAAUUACUUA